UGCAAGGCUCCACCCUCCGCAUCCUGGCAGCCGCAGUUCGUUAUUCGGACAUCACACUACUCGCCCUUGUGGCAUCGAAGGCCACCGGCAAUCCCAACUUCGAGGCUUCUUCCACUUAAUCAGACACACGCAUUCUUGACAGGCGCGUCGAAAGGAAACGCGACGCGCACGUUCGAGAAUAAUCGGUCAGACUCUUAACUCUCCAGAGUUCGGGCUUUGAACCCAAUAUCACCACAAGAUGAGCUCGCCCAAGGACGAGGAUAAGCCGCACGAUGAGACCCGCGAUCACGUCGAUGCCGAUAAUGAGGAGGAAGAGAUCUCGGCCAUGAAGCGGCGCGUUGCCGAGAUGGAGGCAGAGGCAGCGAAGCUUAGGGAGAUGCAGGCCUCGCUUGACCAGUCCCGUCAGGACCUGAGCGAGGACAAGGAGGAUGUCGACAAUCGGAGCAUAUUCGUGGGCAACGUCGACUACUCCACAUCGCCAGAAGAGCUGCAGGCGCAUUUUCAAAGCUGCGGGUCCAUCAACCGCGUGACCAUCCUGCUCGAUAAAUUCACCGGGCACCCCAAGGGAUAUGCAUACGUGGAGUUCAGCGAGCCCAAUCUGGUGGCUCAAGCGCUCGUGCUCAAUGACAGCGUCUUCAAGGGACGGAACAUCAAGGUCGAGCCGAAGCGGACGAACAUCCCGGGCAUGUCGCGGGGACGCGGCCGAGGAGGGUUCCGGGGCGGCGGUCGCGGCUUCUACGGUGGCAGGGGCGGCUAUGUGCGAGGAGGUGGUUACCGCGGCGGCUAUCGGGGUCGCGGUCGCGGGUACGCCCCUUAUUGAACCCCAGCGUAGGUCCAGCGCUGGCCAGGAUGCGGAUGGUUAUUUAGCAAUGAGGACAGCCUCUGGGAGGUGUACAAUGUGAGCCAGGGACGGCUGUUUCUCAGAGGGAACAAACUUCUUUUCACUUCGGCGAGGCGUCACGGAACUGGGCAAAAGAACGGAAGGUCACUCAGCGCAUUUUUCUCUUUUCAACCUACCAUCGGGAAUAUCUGCACUUUUGU